UCCACCAAGAGCGACGGGGAGAGCCGUGGCAUUCUGUUGAGAGCUCGUUUUUUCGCCUGUCGCGCCAGUGUUCGUUUCCGUCUGGAGUGUGUCAUUUCGAGAGCCGGCGGCAGCCGAUCCGCAGAUCUUCUUCCCCCGUUGACGCGUCCGUGCCGGUCUGCGCUCGCGGUCUCCUUCUGCGUUGUUUUGCUUGUUUGCUUGAGGGGACGGACGGCGCCCAGAAUCGACAGUCGAGAGCAAAUCGCGCGAAACGGAUUAGCGUGGAACUCGGAGUGAUGCUGGGGUUUUAGCCUCAGAAACUCAGCCGGGACAAAGCUCGACAGGAUUUAUGCCAUGCGUGCCCUUUUCCGCGACGAGAGAGGGGUGGGGUUUUCCAUGCAAGGAACGUGCACAACGGGCGCUCGACGAACGUACGGUUUCACACUCGUUUCGGGAAACCCUGCUUUUCCCACUUUCUCGAUUUUCGUUGGCCACCCGGAAAAACGGACAUCGCGUGCGAGAGUCUCGCCUCGGUAGCCCGCUUUUUUUCAUAGCGGUUCGCGUGUCGAGCUGCGGGCGUCAACUCAACUGACUCGGUCGAUAUUAACCUGCAACUGCGCGCGUACCGUCGAUUUUCUUCCGGUAGACACUGGGGAAUUCCAAUUCGCCUUCGUUUCGAGCCGCACACCCAAUCAGCACAGCCGUUCUCUGGUGUGCUUUUUCCCGUGUGCCGCGGCGGAUUUCGAAUCCUGGCGCCUUAUGAUAUCAGAUGGGCGUCGCGAUUUUCUCCGAGAAAAAUGGCGUGUCUACUCACCGUUCGACGCGGUGAUCUCGUCGACUUCUCCGGUAUAUGUUUGAGCAGCGGCAAGUCCCUUCCACGUCCUAUUCCACGCCUGACAGAGUGUAACGGUGUGUGUGCCAGCUAAGUCCCGCUCACAGGGUGCCAAAGAGUUCGCACGUGUCUGUACACCGCGAAACCCGACGGCAGUCGAGGACGUUCCCCGUGUGCCAACCUCAGUUCUGUUCCAGCUGCGCGCGCUCUUGCGCCUGGUGGAGCAACAUUCUUUUUUUGUUGACUUUUCCUUCAACUGCCCUCACCGUUCGCGCCUCGACUGCGGAGCCGCAGUACCUGACAGGCGCGAGUGCACGCUGACGCAAACGACGAAAUCUGUUGGUGCCAGUCGGCGGGAAUCGUGCACACGCCGAUGCAGGCUCAAACCCACUGUCCGGCGUCUUCGCCGCAAAAUCGAGCGGCGGGAAACGAUGGGGUUUCGCGCCGGUCGCGCGUCGCGCUGCCACUGCUGCAGGCGCCUAAUUUCCAGUUUUCUUCGUCGUCGCCGCCAGCCCCUCAAGUCACCGCCACCUCCGUUGGCUCCUCGAAGUCCCGCAGGACGAAAAUCACCUCGCCGCGUCCGCCCACUUUGCUGUCUCACCACCGGGGGCAUCGCGGCGGGCUCAAGUCGCGGAGCUGCCGCGAGGAAAUUGCUCGGUGGGAGAAGCGCACCGGCGACGGCGUGCGACGGUUUCUGAACCUCCGAGACCGAGGCAGAGGAGACGAGGGAGGUGUCCUCCAUGGCGGCGAUCGCGGACCAGGCGAUCUGCGGGCGCUCCACAGUUCUGGGCGGCGUGGUGGCUCGGCCCAGCGAAGAAACGCAAGUUGUCCGUGUCUGGUUCCGUCUCUCUGGGCGCUCGACUCCCGCCGGCCCUCGCCUCUGACGCUUCCGCAACCACCGCCACCAGCGUUGGUGCCGGCUCCGAAACUGACCAGCUCGCGGUUCUUCCCCGACACCGCGGGCCGGUUCUCUCCUGCGCUGCGGAGUCCGAGUCGGACGCGGCUGAACAGGCACAAGUACCGGGAAAAGACGCCUGCAGUCGAGAGCGCUAUCUGCUACACGCUGUCGGACUACCUCUCGCGUUUCUUCUCCGUGGCAAGGAAGCCAAACUUCUCGCUGCUCUCGAUUCUUCUGGAGCCGCUGUCAGACGUCCUGCUCAAGUGGACAAUGACUCCAGCCGGAGAUAUGCAGCGGUGUCGGUUCCCCGAGGUGCUGCGGGUGUAUCGGCACCGCGCGCUUCUCUUCGUGCUUCUCGCCCUGGUCGCGGGAUUCUUCCAUGCCUCCUGGAAAGCUGCUGCCGUCUGUCUCACCUUCAGCCUCUUUUGGGUCUUCGGUGUCGGCGCGGCGAUGUGCUGCUCGAAGAGCCUCAAGUGGAUCUCAAAUUUGCUAACUGGCUUCUUCGGCGUUCUCCUGGUGUCUACGCACCCGCUCCUGGUGCCGAUCCGGGAGUCGCUUCCUUUCCCCGAGUCCGUGCACAUCUUUGUUUCCUCCGGGCUUCUUCUCGUUCUGCCGCAAACUGAUCAGUGGGUGCUGCCGACGCACACGCGUCUCCUCUGUCACCUCGCCUCGACUCUUGUGUACGUCUUCUUCUCCGUCGCUUCCUCACCGUCUCCCGCCUCUCCGCCUUCAGUCUUCCCGUCGUUCCUCGCGCCCUUGGUCGACUCGACCGUCUUCCCCUUCUCCCUGUUUGCGACCUCCGCCUCCCUGUUCUCUCCGGUCGUCCUCGGCGCGGUGUUCUGGUGGAGCUUCCACCUGCUUUUCUUUUGCGCCGACGUGUUUCUCUCCGAGCUCUUCGCCCUGGCAUGCAUGCAGGAAGCCGAGGAGGCGUCGAAUUUCAUGCUGGAGCAACUGUUCAAGUGCUGGUCCCCUGGAGGCAUCAACGUCGUCGCCUUGACCGACAGACACAGACAGUGCACGUGGAUUUCUCGUGACGCGAGUCGUGUCUUUCAGCGAACGUUUCUCACCAAAGACACGUUGACUCAGCAGGGCGAGGACCCUCAUCGCCCGAUAGAGAGCAGGUUGGAGAAUGGGGGCGGCGACGCCUCCAUGGUCUCGCGUGACUGCUCGCCCUUCCCUUCCUACUCGUCUGUAGAGAGCACUCCACACGCAAGUGUCUUCUCCGAUGUCUCGCCUUCCUUCAGGAUGACGACGACGAUCGCCGGCGCGCCUCGCCAAGGCACAGGGUCGCCGAGAAGCGUCGAGGAGUCAGAAGCCCCGACCGUGGGAGACACCGCGAGUGCUAAGCGAGACAGUCCUUCGUCGGUCGGGGAAGGCAAGGCGUCGUGGACGGGGCUUUCGCCUUCCUCGCUCUUUUCAUUCGGUGCGUGCACCGAGGCCCUGCGAGGCGCGCGGAGGCUUUUGUUUCGUUCGCAGGAGGCCUUGAUGUCCCGUGGCUUCUUCAAGCCGCUCUCUCGGGGGGUUGCGCGGCAAGAGAAACGCGAAAAGUCGCUCUCGGCUCUCGCCCGCCCUGAGGAGAAGGAAGACGCGGCGUUAAUCGGCCUGCCUCUCGACUCAUGGGUCCACCCGGAGGAUCGCGCGGUGUUUGCGCGAGCGUUCCAGAGAGCAGACAAGCUCUUUGAGGAGGAGAACGAGGCGCCGUCUGCGGAGGCGUCGCCUGCGGGGUCUCGUCGACGCCUGACGUUCGAGUGUUCGAAUAGGAUGGCACGAGGACGCGACGACUUCGGGGACGCCCAAGAUGACGACGGUCGAUGCAUCGUUCGAGUCCUCUGUCCUCAGGCUCGAGAAGCAGCACAUCUGCCAGAAAGGCCUGUGCGUGAAGCCUCCGGGGGACACGGUUGCGCGUUUGAUGAGGCGUCUGCCUUCUCUCCGUGCUUUGUCUCGGACGCGGUGUCACCCUCUUCUUCGUCUCCUUCUUCCUCAUCCAGAGCGUCACAAGUCGUCUCGUCGCUCUGCAAAGACGAAGAGCUCCGCUGUUUGUCAGACUCCGAUUACACCUACUACGAGGUCCUUGUCACGCCUUGUCGUUACCCUUGGUCCUCUAGCCGCAUUCGCCUCACCAGAUACAACGUGUCUUUCUACAACAUCGACGAACGAGUGCGGCUGCAGAAGCAACUCGAAUCUCUCGUCCUCGCCAUGUCGGAGACCCUGGGGAUCGCGGCCUGGGCGUUCGACACCCACGCUAUACAUACAGCUGAGAAACGCACGCAGCAGCGCGAACGCGCGAUUUCGAAACGUACUGGCGGAGAACUGGGCUGUUACGGGGACUUCGCAGGCGAGAGAGAAGGCGUCGACAGGUUUGGGGUGUCUCUUCGAUCUGCGAAGAACGCGACAAGUUCCCAAGGAAAGGGCGUCGCAGGAACUCCCGGUGCGUCGCCGCCUAACAUCCAGGGCGCGUCUUUCGAGGAACGAAGCGGGCAGCGUUCGAGGACUGGGGUGACUGGCACUCGCGGGAAAACCGCCGAAGGCCGAGGAUUGUUUUUGGCUGCUCCUUCGUUCCUGCAUUCAAAGCCCGAGUCUUCUUGUCCCGAGACGCCGUGUCAGUUGCCGUCGGUGAGUCGCCCAUCCGGAGGAAUCACCCCUUACCUCUCCUCGUCUUCGUCGUUCUGCUCUGCCGCCUCUCCGUCGCGAGCAGGCGCGCCAUGUAUCCCCGGAUACGGAUCGCCCAGCCGCUACUCGUACAUCUUCACGGAACAGGCUUACAAAAAGAUGACGGGACGCGAGAUCCGAUCUGGGGAGCAGACGCGACUCUUCCACGCAGACUCUGCGCUUUGGGCGCGACACCGAUCCCGGCAGCAGCGUGAAAUGGAGACAACUGGGCGCCUCAGUCGAAACGGUCUGUCGCCACUCUUCGAGGGUUCCACGGUCGAGGAGGAACGGACGAGUGACCAGGCGCAGAGAGCACGCGGCGACUCCAGAGGAGACCGACAGCCGAGAGACGAAGAACGCCGGACGCUGGGCGUUGGAUGGACCGAAGCCACAGGACGAAAACGAAGCGGAGACGAGUCAGAGAGAGAGGCAGAAGAAGAGAGAGUGGACGAAGAGCAGCGAGCGGAUGAAGAGGAAAUAAAGGAAGAAGAUGAAGCAGAUGAGGAGAGGGAGAGAAGAAGGAGAGAGGAAGAGGACGGGGUGGGAGAGAAAGAAGAGAGACUCCACGAUGACGACUAUGAAGCCGCGCUUCGAGGCACUUGGCUCCAGUACUUCAUGGAACCUGGACGGGAUCAGCUGGUGGAGGCGCUCAGGAAACUCUUCGACGAGAGAAGACCCUUCAAGUUGGAGCUUCCCUAUGAACGUGCAGACGGACAGGUUCGAUGGUUCAAGGUUGCAGGCUACGCGUCUUCGAGCGAUUCUUCCCUCUUCUGGGGUUUGAUUCAAGACGCAACAACAGACCGAACUCAACUCAAUGAGCAGGAGCGGAGACGCGCGCUGCUCACGCUUCUGACGGAGUGCCAGUUCGAUGGAUGGGGGGUCGUUGACAUCCGUGAACUUGGGCAAAUCGUGGAGGCGUCGCCGUCUCUGAAUUCUCUCCUCAAUCGCGAGGUGAAAGGACUGCACUACUCCAUCGUCAUUCCUCCUGCUGUAGUGCCUCAACUCGAGGCUGACGGCUUCUGCAUCGACCACGCCGUGGUGCUCUUUGGCGGCGCAUGCAUCCACGAAAAAGCGUCGAGAGACAGCCAGGCGAGAGACCCCACAGACCGACAGCCCAGCGGAAACCCAGCAGGCCCCCGGGACAACGGAGACAGAGAGAGACACGCCUGUCAAGGAGCUUGUCCGUGUGUCCAGCAGCUGAACAAGAGCAAAGUGAUGGCGUUGACGGCAGUGGCAGAUCCGUCGGAUCCGAGCAUCGCGGUGUUCGGUCUGCGGGAUUUGCAUGUGACUUUUCAGGAGGCAGUGGCGAACCGAGCAGUGCAGCCUCCUGUCGUGUGGCCGCCCUCAAGUUCGCAGCUGCCCCCUGGCGCGUCUCUCCCCUCCUCGCCUCCCGAGUCCGUCUGGCGUCACUCGUCGCCUGAGUCGCUCUAUCCUGCCCUCACUCUCGACGCUCGAGAGCGAGACAGCGAACAAGGAGCGGAAGCGCGGGAAGCGCGAAGAGCAAAAAACGAGAACAGAGAAGACCGAGAACAGGACGCGCAACGAGCGAGAGAAGGCGGGAGGCGGGAGGACCGUGAUCAAGUGCAGACUGAACAAGGAAAAGGCAGGGACAGGGAGAACCUUGGUCACGCGAAGAAAGAAGCGACAAACCGAGUGGGUCUGGGUCGAGAAGAAAUCAGUGAAGAGAAGACAGGUCUCAUGACAAGCGAGAUACUUGAGUUGACGAAGAAGUUGGAGCAGGAACGCGACACUCGUCGAGCUGAGAGCGCGUCUGCUCGGGAGCGGGUCGAGGCUCGAACAUGUUCUUUUUCGUCGGCAGACGAAGGGGAAGACGCGCAAAUAGUCGAGCGAGGAACCGAUGAGAAGGAACCAGAGAACUGCCUCCAAAUCGACGCAAAGAUGCGCCCAAAGGAUGUCUCCCUUUCAGCUGUAUGUCCAGGCUCCGAGGGCCGUGGUACAGCCGAAGAAGGUGACCAUGCCGAGGCAUUGUUCACCCGGCGCGACAAGGCGCCAGUCCCCGAUCCGACGCAAGGAAAGAAAGAGUUCUCUUUCCACGACAACGACGCGAGUGUGCCCUCGUCCUAUACGCGCUCGUCGCCGUCGAGCGCAACCAAGAAGAAUGCAGAACCGGAUGAGCUGCGCGAACUGAAUCGUCGCUCGUCUUCUCCCUCUUCUUCUCUCCAGUACCUCGCCUCGCUGUCGUCGGCUGCGGAGGUCGUAUCCUCUCCGAUGUUGACGCGCACCGCGGCUCUGCGGCGAAUCUCCUCUCUCUCGUUCUCUGCCAGCUCCUCCUUCUCCUCCUGCUCUCCGGAGAAGCAGAGCGCGCGAACACUGAGAAGCCGGGGAGGCGCGUUGUCCUGCGUGGAGGCGUCGCGACGCGUCUGCCUCUCUGCGUCCGUCGAUGGAAGACGAGAAGACGGUGGAGCGAAACCAGGCCCAGAGUCGCAGAGAGGCGCGUCUCGCACGCGCGACAGAGACAGCCUCUCCGUCUUCUCUCUCCCGCCUCUCGCCUUUUGCCGCAGAGACGCCGCGUCGCUCUUGCUGGGUGUCCAUGUCUCCAGAUGUUCCACUCCUGCAGAGGCCGAGCCGCGAGCCACAAAGGAGAGGGGAGACUUGACGGAGACAGGCCGCCUUCGUGGAGACGCAGAAAGCUCGCGAGGUGGGGACGCUUGCGGGAAUUCGCGAGGAGGGAGGCAGCAGCAGAGGUCGUCGGGAGAAGAGAAGACGAGCUCGAUUAAGGACGAGACGGGGGGGAGAGAAAAUGUUCAGGAGAGGAGACGCAUCGGAGGCGGAGACCCAGUAGAAACCGAAACGCUUGAGGGACUUCACGCGCUCGCGGCUGCUCUGGAAGAGGAUUCGGCUUUCCAGUCUCAACGGGUCAGGUGCACAGGCGCCCUGGAAGUGGGGAGCGAAGACAUGGGACGAAUGUCUCGGGUGUAUGGACAGCGCUGUGCCGAUCCCAGUGACAGGAGGAAAGCACAAGACUGUUUUUUUCCACAGGAAACAGUACGCAUGCAGGAGCCACGCUGUUCUUCUGGGAAGCCGACUGUUUCACGGGGAGGUGCCGACGCAUGUGAGGCGCUUGUUGCGACUUUCGCCAGUCCGAAGGAGAAGCAGAAUCCGUUUCUCUCCCCUUCAGACGCGGCGGGAGGCGACAGCCGUUUCGAUCUGCGACCCACUCUCUCUGCUGGUUGCAAUUCAGAGAAGCCUGCGCCCCGACCUCGGGGUACUCCCCAGGUGUACAGCCACCGAAAACGCACGUCGGGAGGAGGCGACGCUGAGCUGUCGCGCGAGAAAAGCCAAGGCCUCGAGGCGGCUGUGCCUGAGAAUGCAGGAGAAACAAACGAAGAGUCGCGAGGCUUCUCACCACCUGUCAAGCGACUUUUGGUCGAGAGGAGGCAGUACCACAAACUUGUACAUCCUGCUGCAUGCGGGAGCGCGGACGGUAUGGACACAGGCUCCUCGCCUCCAGAGAGUCUUUUGUAGAAAAGACAAAUGGCUUUUCAAGGUGUUUGCACAACGCGGCUCUUCCGGACGCAAAGCCGUUCCACACAGUCGACUUCUGCCCCGGACAGAAACCGAUUUUCAUCGCACAAAGGGCAACAGAACGUUUGCAAGGAUGUCGGCUGCCACUGUGAACACACUGAAAACGUCGCAAUGGUGCACAUAUGUAUAUCUGGACAUAUGUUUAUAUGUGAGUCUGUGUAAAUGCAUAUCCAUAUAUAUAUAUAUAUAUAUAUAUAUAUAUAUAUAUAUCUGAAUAUGAUAUCAGUGUGUUUGUAUAGCUCCACUCCAUAUAUGUAUAUAUAUAUAUAUAUAUAUAUACAUGUAUAUUUAUAUGUAUAUUUAUCUGUAUAUAUGCCUAUAUUUGUAUAUGCAUGUAUAUGUGUGUACAUGCGUUGGUGUGUGUAAGUGGUUUCGUGGGAAAGUGUGUGUGAUUUGUAUGUGGCUUUCUGGAAAGACGUGGGGGAUUUGCUUGUGUGUGUCCAGCAUGCGCGGACUGUAGCUUGAGGCGUUUUUAAAAAAGUUUUCGCGGAUUUUUUUGCCUCAGAAAAAGGCUUUCUCUGCCUUAUUGCUCUCUCUGUCGCAGGAGAAGCGUCUGUCCUUUCUCCCUUCGUAUUGCCGGUUCCAUUCGUGUCUCUUUCGCUGUCGGCGUCUUUUCGGGGGGUUUCUGUCCUCUCAUCUUUUCUCUCCUCGUCUUUCUUGGGUCCUCCUGUUUCCUCUGCUUUCUUUCCCCUGCAUAUUCUGUCUCCUGUCCUCUUCCUUCGUGUUUUCUUUGGAAGAGGCAAACGCUGUUUUCAGUCGUGCGAUGCCGCCGACAGAGCAAAGGGAACGGGGAAAAAUGCGACUUUUUCUCGACUUCUCUUGUGGCGUCCCAGAGAUCUGUCCUACGGAGAGCGAGCGUUUUGUCAUGGAAAGGUCUUUACAUUUUUGAGACUAAAGGGAGAGGUUUUGUCGCUCCUGUCUGGGAGUAAUCUCUCAUUCGAUCAAUUCUGUAUACUGUUUUUUCAGGAAACUGUCUCGCUUCGUUCGUUUGGAAACAGUCUCGGUUCUGCAUUUUCUUCUGUGUCAUGGGGUAGGCGAGUGCUGCUCUUGCAGGAAAGCCUUCUCGUGUGUAUUGCCUCCAUGCAGCAAAUCGUUUUUCAAGACCAAGAAAAACAUCAAUUUCCUCUUUCAAUUGUGUCCAGUGCCCG